CAAGGUCACAGUGCUAUUAAUUGUGGAACCAAACCCAGCUACAGGAGCAAAACCUAAGGUCUUCUUCAUUACUAGGCAAUACUUAUUGGUCCUUUUUUAAAAAAUUGGAUAUUAAUAAUAUGUUUGCAUGUAGAAGUUGUGGGGUUGUAGGAAGUUUGAAAACUAAAAAUCAUUACAACCACACAUGAAAUAUGCACUGAAGAAUCCGAUCUUAGAACACACUUAGUUGUAUGCUCUAAAAGAUUUCCAAUGCCUGUAUGUGGCAUAAUUAUAACCUAAAACCUUUUGUGUUCAGUGGCAACCAAAACUACCUCAUAGUAUUUAAAGAUACUCUUUUUUGAAAAUUGGGACCUGUUUCAGAUAAAAAAUGUGUGAAAGUUCCUUUCAUCAAAAAUGAUCUUUAAAUCACAUCUUUCAAACUUGGAAAGGACACGUGAAUUAUAUUAGAUGUGAAACAUCACAAUUCUGAAAGUGGAGUUACAUAUUUAUUCUUCUCUUAUAACUGAUAUUUCUUGAUCCAAGUGUGUUGAAGGGAUAGAUUGGAGAAGUUUGCAAAGAUCUUUUAUAAAUUCCAAAUGUAUAAAAGCCCAUUUCUCACAGAUUAAACAAUAUUCCAAGUUUAAUUUUGGCUUGCUUUAGGAUCCCAGAAACUCGUAGACUGAGUUAUUUCAUCAAACACAUGCAAGUCUUAACUUGAAACAAACUCUAUAAGAGCCAAGAAAAAAGUUAAAAGCAUAAGCAUAACCACAUUAAAUAAUUCCCUUUUUAUUUGAGCAGGUCUGGUGUUACCUUUUCAUUUGGGGAAACCGUAAUAGUUGUAGGUGUGGUGUUUUUCAUACUGACCGUUGCAGCUGAAUUUACUGUGUUCUGUGCAGAAUGGCUGUUGAUGGUGGGUGUGGGGACACUGGAGACUGGGAAGGUCGCUGGAACCAUGUAAAGAAGUUCCUCGAGCGAUCUGGACCCUUCACACACCCUGAUUUCGAACCCAGCACUGAAUCUCUCCAGUUUUUGUUAGAUACAUGUAAAGUUCUAGUCAUUGGAGCUGGCGGCUUAGGAUGUGAGCUCCUGAAAAAUCUGGCUUUGUCUGGUUUUAGACAGAUUCAUGUUAUAGACAUGGACACUAUAGAUGUUUCCAAUCUAAAUAGGCAGUUUUUAUUUAGGCCUAAAGAUGUUGGAAGACCUAAAGCUGAAGUUGCUGCGGAAUUUCUAAAUGACCGAGUUCCUAAUUGCACUGUAGUUCCACAUUUCAACAAGAUCCAGGAUUUUAACGACACUUUCUAUCGACAAUUUCAUAUAAUUGUGUGCGGACUGGACUCUAUCAUAGCGAGGAGAUGGAUAAAUGGCAUGCUGAUAUCUCUUCUAAAUUAUGAAGACGGUGUAUUAGAUCCAAGCUCCAUUGUCCCUUUGAUAGAUGGGGGGACAGAAGGUUUUAAAGGAAAUGCCCGUGUGAUUCUGCCUGGAAUGACUGCUUGUAUUGAAUGCACACUGGAACUGUAUCCACCACAGGUGAAUUUUCCCAUGUGCACCAUUGCAUCUAUGCCCAGGCUACCAGAGCACUGUAUUGAGUAUGUAAGGAUAUUGCAGUGGCCUAAGGAGCAACCUUUUGGAGAAGGGGUUCCAUUGGAUGGAGAUGAUCCUGACCAUAUUCAGUGGAUUUUCCAAAAAUCCCUGGAGAGAGCAUCACACUAUAACAUUAGGGGUGUUACGUAUAGACUCACGCAAGGCGUAGUGAAACGAAUCAUUCCUGCAGUAGCUUCCACAAAUGCAGUCAUUGCAGCUGUGUGUGCCACUGAGGUUUUUAAAAUAGCCACAAGUGCAUACAUUCCCCUUAAUAAUUACUUGGUAUUCAAUGAUGUAGAUGGACUGUACACAUACACAUUUGAAGCAGAGAGAAAGGAAAACUGUCCAGCUUGUAGCCAGCUUCCACAAAAUAUUCAGUUUUCUCCAUCAGCAAAGCUACAGGAGGUUUUGGAUUAUCUAACCAAUAGUGCUUCUCUGCAGAUGAAAUCUCCAGCCAUCACAGCCACAUUAGAGGGAAAAAAUAGAACACUUUACUUACAGUCGGUAACCUCCAUUGAAGAACGAACAAGACCAAAUCUCUCCAAGACAUUGAAAGAAUUGGGACUUGUUGAUGGACAAGAACUGGCAGUUGCUGAUGUCACCACACCACAGACAGUAUUAUUCAAACUUCAUUUUACUUCUUAAGGACAAUAAAUCUGCAUAUAAUAGACAAUUUAUGGAAAUGCUAUACUUUGUGGAUGCUAAGAAAUUUCAUUCAUUCAUUUUUAGCAUUAGUGUUGCUGAAAUUUGACUUUUUUUUUUUUUAAUGAGUCACUCUUUUUUACCUUUAUCACUUUCCCUUGAAGACAGAAUUUGGGGUUGGUGCUUGUAAGCAUUUUCAUUAAUAAUAUGAGAAAUUGAUGCCUAGAGAAAUACAUUAUGAGCAAAUGUAUUGCUUCUUUUAGAGGAGGCAGACAUCCUUUUGUGUGUGAAUUUUGUUAUUAUGGUCAAAGAGUGCAUUCCCCAGUUUUCAUUUGAGCACCCACAUAUACAAAAGAUGUCCCUUUAAAGAAAAUAAGAAAAUUAAGUUAUAAAUAACUGUUAUAACUUGACAUCUGGAAUAUAUUGAACAUAGCCUGUAUCUUACCUGUUUUAAUAUUCAUUCAGUUGUGGCUGUUCAGAUGAAUAUUAACUUUUCCAAAGGUUACCUUGCCCAUGAUAAUUUGUAAAUAGUGUUAGAGCUGAAUACUGUGCAUGGAAAUGGGGAAUAUUUUCAUGUUUACGUGCAGUGCCAUAGAGUCCAAUAUGCACAACAUUAAAGCCAAGACAUGGUGGUUUAAAAGAA